GAGAAUUGUUCCAGUGUGAAAACGACCAUUCACAAUUAAAACGAUAUGUUUAUGACAUUUCUAAUAUAAAUGAAAAUUAGUCAUCGUGGUUCAUUUUUGAUAGUUUUAAAUAUUUAGAAUGGCUUAUAGUUCUCAAUCAUCAAUGCCUGGUCAACAAUUUUUGUGGGACGUUUUUCAAAAAGUCGACAAAGAUCGAAGUGGACAUAUAUCGGCAGACGAGUUACAAAUAGCUCUCUCGAAUGGUACUUGGAGCCCAUUCAAUCCAGAAACAGUACGUUUAAUGAUUGGUAUGUUUGAUCGUGAAAAUCGUGGAACGGUUUCAUUUCAAGAUUUUGGAGCUCUAUGGAAAUAUGUUACUGAUUGGCAGGAUUGCUUUCGUUCUUUCGACCGGGACAAUUCCGGAAAUAUUGACCAAGAGGAAUUAAAAACAGCAUUGUCUUCGUUUGGAUAUCGGUUGUCAGAUAAUCUGGUAGACACUUUGAUUCGUAAAUUCGACCGGUUCGGAAGGAGAACUAUACUUUUCGACGACUUUAUACAAUGUUGCAUAGUUCUAUAUACCCUAACAUCGGCUUUCAGGCAACACGAUACAGACAUGGAUGGGGUUAUUACUAUACAUUACGAACAAUUUCUCAGUAUGGUAUUUUCUUUAAAAAUAUGAGCUUUAGAAACCAUAUCUUUUAAAUGCAUUUUAACUUUCCAUUGAAUUUAAAGUAUAGAGCUUGUCUCUUCUUUACAGUACCUGCAUGGCGAAACCUGCGCCACAGUAUACCAGUAAAAAGGUUUUUGUUGUAACUGUCUUGGCGUAAAUGCAGAAUACUAACAGCCAAUUUCACGAAAGCAAUUUAACCGCUCUAUUCAGUAUCACUGACAAAUUCUUGUCACAGUUUUUAUUACAGAGAAAUAUAUGAAUAAGUUUAAAUUUGUCAGUAACCGAUACAUAAUUGAACUAUAAGUUAAAAAUCAUAUAUAUAUUUUUUUUUAAUUUUUAAUAGAAAUUGACUGACAGAAAUUAGAAAUCAUUUUCCGUUUAAAUUGCUGGUGAAACCGGCAGUUGCAAUUCUAAAAUAAAAAAAAUGUAUAUGGGGAUUGAUAGAGAUCACUGAGGUGAGCUUAGCGGCAUAUUUUUUUUUGGGAUACAACUACAAGAGUUAUUAAAGGUCAAAGUUCAAAUUAAACAUUCUUUUAUAUCAAAAAUUUUCAAAAACACCAUAAUUUUUUGUACAUAUGUUAUAUAUACGGUUACCAGAUAUCUGUGGCCAAAAAGCUGGGUAUUUCUAAAGCAUAAUCCGAACCUACAAUAUUGUUUCUGGAAUAAAAAGACAUAACAUUUUACAUGGGUGAGACUUCCGGUGAAAGCAAGGUGGCGCACAGGCAUGGUGGCGAACCCGGUCUAGCUCGUCGGAUGUGUGGUCUUUACCAGCUGCCUUACCUACACCCACAUCAACAAAAUUUUACAAUCAUGCCUGAUUACUGUAGUAAAAGAAAAAAAAGUCGAAGCACAGGAGAUGAAGGAAAAAUACACAGCAUAAAGUCCCGUCCUGUCAGGUGGAGUCGUCCCUCCCCUUCUACGUGCAACAUACGCGUAGCCAUGGGUAUUGCUGCGACUGCCGCUACCUAACAACACCCCCUAAGCCUGACAAAGUCCGUCGGUCACUAGUCCAUACGUCAACUACCCGUCUAGUCUAUCGUCAACACCCACUUGCCCCCUCUUCUACCUAAUUGUAAGACCCACACCAACUUAAGACGUUAAGCAUUCCAUUAUAAUGCCUAUGUGCAUUACCUCAAAUAACUGCAUAAGUAUAAGACAUUAUUUUCACUAUUUUUUCCCCUCUAUUAUACAAUUUUUAAAUCUACAAUUCAGUGAGUCGAUUAACCUAACUUUAACACUACGUUUGUUCUUUAUCAAACAAAAAUUCAAAUAAAAACUUCGCCUUAAUCUCACACGGUUUUGAAUAUCCGCCUUAGCGGAGUAAAAGUAGUUAUAUGUGUACUAAAAACUAAAUUCAGGUUAUUCACUUCAAACUCUAUACGCUAUAGAUAUUUAAUCUAAUAAAAGGCCUGGAAUAUUAACUAAAAAGACUCCUGCAUAUUAAUCUUAUAUUUCAAUAACAAAUUAGCCUUAAUACUAUUCAUUUAUGAUUAGGUUUCCUUUUAUUUAUUAUUUUUUUAUUUUAUUUUUUCUUAUUCGCCAAAAAAAAAACUAGUUGGAACUACCCUAAUAUUCUGUUUCUGCACACACGUACAGACAAAUGUAGCUUAAAAAAUGCCUCUCAAAACCGGCUUGAAUCAAAUCAACGCAAAAAAAAAAUAAAAAAAAUGUGUAAUGAGUUCAUUGUCGACCGUCGCCGCGAGUGCCUGCCUGCCUACCGUUCCACGUAGUACUUACUAUAUUUAGGAAGUCCACUGUGUAUUUAUUAAAGUUAAUUAAA